AUGGAUACAACAGAUAACUUGGAUACCAUUGAUGUGGAACUAGAUGAGUUUUUCAAAAAGAAACAACGAAGUCGAUGCAAAGAUGAGUUCCUAGACACUCUCACUAAAGAAGCGCUUGAUGAAUACACCGUACCUGAGAUAAACCUGAAUUCAUAUGUUUAUGCAAGUGGUCCGAAUGCUUAUGAAGUGAUAUAUUGCUUCCCUUUAUAUGGAGUGAACCUAGAGGGGAUAUAUUGUACAUGUAGACUUUGGGAGUUGUCUGGGAUACCUUGUGUCCAUUCCCAAACAUAUGUUGAGGAUGUGCCUUUUGAGAGUCAAUAUGUACCAGAAUCUCAGCCAAUCCCAAGUGGAGUUGAUGGAGUUUAUGAAACACGAGAGGAGGAGGAUGAUGAUGAAGAUGAAGUUGAUGAAACACAAGAGGAUGAUGAUGAGGAAGAUAGAGUUGAUGAUACUUAA